GAAUUAUUGAAUAUUAAUACCAUAUUACACUGCUCUUAGUGAAUCAUUUGUAUCAUCACAAAUAAAAUUUUAAAAAUUGGGUAGCCUUAGAUUUGAUCUUUUUUUUAAAAUACUUUCUUUAAAACACAUUUGAUUCCUAAUUCCCAAACUUAAAUUGAAGGAAUAUGUCAUUCCUCAACAGCUUGAAAAGUAGGAUGAGUUCUUGCCAAUUUCUUAUUAAGUAAUUUAAAAUAUACCCAGAGCCUCUAUUUUGUAUUGAUUUUGAUAGCAUGGUUAGGUGAUGGUAUGGCCUUCUACUAUUAAGGUCAACAUGGACCAGCAUUUGUUGAGUUCUCAUGAUGAAAAGUGAUUUUCAUACAUUAUUAAUUCUGAGACCACUGGCAUAAGGGUAUUUUUAUCACUUUCAUUUUACUAGUAAGGAAGCUGGAGUUAAUAACAGUGUUGCAACGUUAGUGGCAGAGCCCAUGCUCUUAAGUAUCAUGUUGCUCUAUAUCCAUAUUUAGUGUAACAAAGAUCUAUGCACAAUCUGCUGAUAAUUACAUCACCACACUUCUUAGAAUACAGUGGGAAUGGUUAUAUACGUAAGCAUGGUUAAUAUUCAUUCAAUACACAAUGGUAAUGAUGUACCUGGUGGAUUAUGAAAAUACUGCAAAUUUUUAUAAAUCAAAAUUAGUUGUUGCUCCAUAGUGCUCCCUCCCUACCACUCAAAGUCUCUCCCCAGUACCUCAACAGGUCUUCCAUCAUUAAAAACUAGAAGAUUCUUGAUUGCCUGGUAUUAGCAGGAACCAACAACAGCAUGCCCCUGUGCUCAGGCCCAGGUUGUUUCUGAAUGGCUGAUUUGGUCAAUUGAUUGCUAUAUAGUUUGAAAUCAUCCCUGCAUGUCAGUGUUUAACUUGAGGAGACAGGUAUCAUGAUUUGUCAACUAACACUGCUUAAUCUGCUGAAGUAAAAGCACACAGUGUGAAGAUGAACAAGGAUUCAGCUAGAGAUUUUUUUUUCAGUUCUUAGGAGAAUUGAGAGUGAACAUGGAAAUUCAGUCAUCUCAAUGGAAGUGAUGCAGGGCAGUCAAGCCCCCAAACUGGGACUUAGCCUGGAAGGGUUCUUGGCUUCACCCAGAAAAGACCUCAAGGGUGGCCCACUGGUAAAAGAAAGCAAUGUUAUUAAGUGUUCAGUAGAGGUGUUUCUCCUUGCAUAGCAGCACUAACCCAUAGGCCGUGUCUCCAGAGUGGCAGUAUAUGGGCUAUCAGCUAGUUAUAUUGAUACUCACUCUUAGUUACAUGCCAAUUAAGAGAAGGUCAUUUAGAACUUUCUAGAAAAGAGAUGGGGAGUUGCUGGAACUAUAAAAGGUAAGUUUUGAGAUGUUGCUAUGGUGCAUUGCCAUGGAAUUUGUAAAUUGUCAUGGUGCUGGAGGGAAGUGGGAGUGUCUUCAUGUUAAUGAGCAGUUAGGGCAACUAGAGAUUCCUUUUGCCACCAUCUCCAGGCUUCACCUGGCUUCCUCAUUGACCAGAUCCUACUCCAAUUAGCAUGCUCAGAACCAGAAAAAAAGUGAGGCCUAUCUCCUACCUCAAGCAGGCCUUGAUGAAUUCUAAAGAGCCCAAACCAUUAUCCACUUCCAAGGCUGGCAAAAUACUCCUAGAGUCUUAAAUCCUUUGUUCCUGAGAAAGUACUGUAAAAACGGGUGGGUGGCAAUAUGUAAAUUCUUGGUAUAUAAUCUUGGUUUCCAAGUGAGACAGGAAACAAGGAUACUUCACCGAAUCCCAUACACUCAUGGCCUACUUAAGAAGGUUGGCUGAGUCUCUCUAAACUUAGAGCCUCUGUUUACUUUUAUAUGUGUUUCUGCCCUUGGAAGGCAAAUUAUCCUCAUUUCGAUGCAUUUUCAUUUUUUUUUUUACAGUAGUAGCUACUAUCUUUUGGCAUUAUCUAUAAGAACAUAAUUGAUAACAACAAGGUUGUGUUUUGUUAUCUGCCACAGGAUGUUAAAAGAACAGAAUGUCAGUCACUGAAGUGAGCAAAGUACUUAUUUGAAAGUACUUAAAAACUUCUACAGCAAGUCCUUUCAAACUGUGAGACUUGUAAACAUUCAAAGGAAUGUGAAGAUCUCUGAGUCUAUAUGGAUAUAAUAUAUACUUAUUUCUUCAGAAAUUGAUUAAAAUGCCCAAUGAAUUUACCAAUUUUUAUAAAAAGAAUGCACCCAUACAGGCAGUAGAUGAGACAUGUUAUUCAAUUUUCAUAGGAGUUUACUUUAGCAAUAUGAAAAAAAAUGCCAGAUAAUGAGAAUAAAAGUACCAAACUUUAUGAUGAAUAACUAUGAUAAAUUAUAGAUUUAGGAUGAGUUUCCUCAGCCUCUGUUUGCUGGCAAUGACAGUGCUAAGUCUAAAGAGAUACUGAGGACAGUAGAAAGUGUUUUUCAAGUAAAGAACCUUGAUUUUAGAAAAAAACACAAAAAUGUAUGGCCCUAUUUUCAAAUACUGUAGAUAGAUCAGACAUGAUUUACAUAACCAUUUACUUUGUUUCCUAAACUGUACCUACUUCUCAGUAACCAACUGUAAAUAUAUUCACUUUCUUGAUACUCAGCAAUGCUUGCUUACCCGAGCACAUGCAGACACUAUUUUUUGGAGGUAGAUAUGUCAAUGUUUUCUAUUCAGUAUUUUUACAUUAUUGCUACACUUAUACAAGUCUCUCCUUAAAGCUCAGCUAGCCUUAGUUACAGUUCUUUGAGCAAAUUUUUAGAACAAUCAAUAAUCAAAAGAAAAAUAUUGAAAAAUAGUGUGCACUUUUCGCUACUGGCUAAACGUAACUUUUUCACUUUAGUUGAAUCAGGGUUGUUUUAGAGAUAAAUUGGGAUGUGUCUAGAAAAAUAACAACUCAGUUAUUUUAGGCUGUUUGUGUUCUUUCUGGAUGACAGAGUAACUUCAGUUUUAAGGGUCAGAUGUUACUAUUAGCCCUCAAGUUUUGUGCUUGUUCUUUUGUUGUCCUGGAACUAUCUUUUAUCAGUAGAACUGGAAAUAAAUUAGGGCUUGACAUGUUCUUUUCAUGGAUUGAUUGUAAUGUAUCAUUGUGAAGGCGUCUGACUUGCUAUUGGCCAAGAGGUGACUAAGGAAUCGGGGAACAGACAGUGAUAUACACCACUGCGUGACUGCCAUCCUGUCUGUUUUUAGUAUGAUUCCACAAAUUUGAUUUUGAUGCAUCGAACUGAGUUUAAACACACUGAUACCUGAGUGCUGAAAACAUUGAGACAUGCUGAAAAUAAACUGUCGCCUCUUACUAUCUUUUCAUGCAUGUACACACACACACACACACACACACACGCACACUCAUAUAUCCAUUUGACUUCGUUUCCUAUUAUAAAGCCAAGUUGCCAUUCUAAAAGAGCAUAUUGACCUGUUUUCCUCAUACCUCCAAGUUGCCUAAACUUGCAUGUUUCUCUUUUAUUGAUUGAUUGAUUGAGAGAGGCUCCUCCAGGCUGUAGUGUGAUGGGGUGAAUACUGCUCACUGCAGCCUCUACUUCCUGGGUUCAAGUGAUCCUCCUGCCUCAGUCUCCCAAGUAGCUGGGUGUAUGUGUGUGUGUCACUUCACCCAGCUAAUUUUUUUGUUUUUAUUUUUUGUAGAGAUGGCAUAUCACCAUGGUCUUAAACUCCUGGGCACAAGCGUUCCCGCCUUGACCUCUCAAAGUGCUGAAAAUAUCGUUGUGAGCCACCACACCCAGGGCCCAGGCUCCUUUAUUCUUUAAAAGAGACACUUGUUAGAAUAACCUUUUCAAAACACAAAUUCCAAUGUGUCCUUCCAUUAUUAAGAAUUGGAAGUGGCUCUCUGUGGUCUGUUCCAUCAACUAAAAUCUCAGACUGGGUUGUAAGACCCUUCUUUAUCUCUGGUCUUUCUAUUUACAGAAACAUUUCCACUAUUUUUUCAUUGUCUGCAGGACUCAGGCAGGCUUCCUUUAUUUCCUUCAGAACAUCUUAUAAUUUAGGAGCUAAACAUGUCAUGGCUAAAGUAGAUAGGGUGGGACACUAACAAUUACAGUAAAAUUCAAAUCUCGUAAGCUUAUUAUAUUUUAUGGGUACAUAUUUGUUUUACCUUGACUUUAGGUGAUUAAUUUGAAAAUUAAUUAAUUUAACAAAUGCUUAUGGAACACAUAAUAUCCACAGAAACAUUGCCAGACACCUAGGGAUACAAUGCAGAGUAAAAGUAGUCAAGUGUCUGACUUUCUGGAGUUUAUGUUUUAUCCUGAGGUACUAAAAUUUUAUAAUUCCUCACAGAAAUAUACAGUUGUAACUCUCAUAAACAUGGUAAAGGAUGACUAAGGGGAUGUGGCCUACUCAGGAAAAUCAGAUCAAAACUUUCCUAGAAGAAAUUGGAGAAUGGAUCAAAAUUAACUGAAUGACAAGAGGAGAUUAGUAUAUGCUAGACAGAGAAAAUGUGAUUCAUAAAAAUGUUAUUAGAAAAAUGAGAUAUUGCACAGGAUGUCCUAUAGCAUUUAUUUGUCAUUAUUACUAGAAAAGCAUCUUCAAGCAAAUAGUCCUGUAUUCCUGCUUAAUAACCACUCUAAAUAUGAAGUUCGAGACAUCCCAACAUUUUUUGAGAAAUAAUGGAUCUGCAUGUUGGGUUUGAAUAGCUUGUCUUAGUUUUUCAAAAAAAUUGAGUAGAAUAGAAAUUACUUGACUGUAACAAAUAUGGAAAAGCCCAAAGAAGUAAGUGACAAAGUGUGGGUUAUGUUAAUUUUACAUGCAAAGGGUGUAGGGCAUUCCUGAGUUCAGUGGUGAAUAACUGAAGAUGAAAUAAAGUUUUAGAGAGCAGCUACACUCCUAUUCCACUCUGAUGAGAGGAAGAACAUUUCCAUUGCCUCUUGUGUUGAUUAAGACCGACAGAAAUGAGUGGACUUCAACGCAUGCAGUAAAAGGGUGUUUGAAAAAUGGAUCAUCUCUGAGUCAGGCCUGGAUUUGAAUCCUGGUGCUGUUAUGGAGUGACUUCCCCAUUGGAAAAUAGAAACAACACUAACAGGAUUAAUUAAUAUUUGUGUAAGUGCUCAGCAUAAUACCUUCAACAUAGCCAUUUCCACCAUUAUUUUGUGUUUUUCUUAACCCUCAUUCCUUCCUUUCUCAUUGUUAACAUGAAUUUUAAAAUUUAGUGUGCCUAAAGCAGGGAAGGACAGAAAUUGGCAGAUGCCUGAUUAUUUCAGUAUUUUCAUUCCUCUUUACCAGCUCUCAAUACUGUCUCUCCUUUUUGUUUACUCAAGUUUACUAAGUAUACCUGACAGAAAAUUGUAUAUAUUCAAAGUAUACAAUGUGAUGUUCUGAUACAUGUAGACAUUGUGAAGUGAUUCAUACAAUCAAGCUAAUUAACAUAUGUAUAACUUCACAUAGUUAACUUUGUGUGUGUGUGAUGAGAAUAUGGAAAAUCUACUCUCUUAAAAAUUUCAACUGUAUAAUACGUUAUUAUCUGUAACUAUAGUUACUGUGCUGUGCAUUAGGGUUCCAGAACUUAUGCACCCUUUGAACAACAUGUCUUCAUUUCCCCGUCAUCCUUGGAAAUCUUCUACUCUAUAUUUCUAAGCUCCAUUACCUACUCCCACCUCCCCACAUGAUGAAACAGGGAAACAGUGCUGCAGGCAUACAGUGACAACAGGACAUCAGGAAAUGCCCAAGAAGUUUGUUAGGUGCUGUGUCAUGAAUCAAGUCUUCAUUUUAAUGUGUUCUAAUUGUUGUAAAACAAGAGGGAAUGGUAUUUGGAAUUUAGCUAUAUUUAUCUUCUCAAUCAAAUUCUACUUCAGAGGUGGUUGACCAGAUUGACACCCUGACCUCUGACCUACAGCUGGAGGAUGAGAUGACUGACAGCUCCAAAACGGACACGCUGAAUAGUAGCUCAAGUGGCACAACAGCCUCCAGCCUAGAGAAGAUCAAAGUGCAGGCUAAUGCACCGCUUAUUAAACCCCCAGCACACCCAUCUGCUAUCCUCACGGUCCUGAGAAAGCCAAACCCUCCACCACCUCCUCCAAGGUUGACACCUGUGAAGUGUGAAGACCCCAAAAGGGUGGUUCCAACUGCCAAUCCUGUAAAAACCAAUGGCAACCUUCUACGAAAUGGAGGCUUACCAGGUGGACCUAACAAAAUUCCAAAUGGAGAUAUCUGCUGCAUACCCAACAGUAACUUGGACAAGGCUCCAGUCCAGCUUCUGAUGCAUAGACCUGAAAAAGACAGAUGUCCCCAGGCAGGGCCUCGAGAACGAGUUCGGUUUAAUGAAAAAGUACAGUACCAUGGCUAUUGUCCUGACUGUGAUACCCGGUAUAACAUAAAAAACAGGGAGGUCCACUUACACAGCGAACCUGUCCACCCACCAGGAAAGAUUCCUCACCAAGGCCCUCCCCUCCCUCCUACACCCCAUCUCCCUCCUUUCCCACUAGAAAAUGGGGGAAUGGGAAUAAGCCACAGUAACAGCUUCCCCCCUAUCAGACCUGCAACUGUGCCUCCUCCCACUGCACCAAAACCACAGAAGACGAUCUUGAGGAAGUCAACCACUACAACCGUGUGAUGUAUGCCAUUAAAAAAAUUGUUUUUUUAAUUUUCUAUAUUAUAAACAUAAAAUAAGUAAUGAGCACUUUCUACUCAAGCAAUAAAAAGCCCAAAUAUAUUAAUCCUGCAUUCAGCAAAGUGGCAUAAAAAUCACCUGGUAAGUAUGCAGCACAUUGCUUAUAUCCUGGGUAUGCAUUAUUUUAAAUGUUGUAUCAUUAAAAACCUCAGAAUGAUGAAAAAUAUGAAUGAUGCAUUGUUUUUGCAAUUGACCUAUGACAAACUGUGAACCUGCAGAUUUCACCUAUUUUGAUUUACUAUAAGAGCUGGGAUUUGAUUCAUUUUAUUUAUGCCUAAGUCAUCUAUGCAUUAACAUGUCAUAUUCUUAACUUUGAUCUAAUGCUUUUUACUAGGAAAUUUUAAUACUGAAGGACUAUUUUAUUAUUUUUUUCUAAAGAUGUUUGUCACUAGUUUUUCAUUAUUAAAUGCUGAGGCCAAUACCAAGAAGUUUAUUUUCUAUAUUAUACAAUUAUGAAUUACAUGCUCAGCUAUAUAUGUAAUAAAAUACUUUGGUCUGUGGAAAUAUUGUUAAAUCAAUAAACAAUAGUAAAUAAUGACAAAAGCAAAUGUUCCUCAGAAUUAAAAUGAAGUAGUGGUUCAUUUAAUCUCACUUAACAUUCCUCAAUAUGGGCAGCAAAUCUGACAGAGUUUGGAGAAGUUACAGUGAGUGUAUAUCAGAAUUUUCUAAAUGAAAUAUCAUAUUCCACAUCUUAAAUCAAAAUUUACACACUACAUAUUUUAUACUUCCAUUUGGUACUUCAAGAGCCUUCUGUUGAACUCUCCCUAUGUUGCCAAGCCCUCCUCAUACUCAGCAUUCUUCCAGGAUGUAUCCUAAACUAUUAUAUUGAGGCUGUAGGGUGUUUUGCCUCCUGCAUUAGCAAGCUCUCUGCCUCCCCAAGUGGACCCACAUUUAUAGGAGAAUUAUAGGGGGAUAUCUGAAUGCUUCUGGUAUCAGGAUGUGUUCAGCAUUUGGCAUAAGUUUUUCCCCCUCAGAGUUGAAAGAUACCAUGGGCUGUUGCUGUCUUCUAAAAGAAAGAGAAGAAAUCUUUCCUUCUAACAUCAAAUAAAAAUCCUCCUCUUCCGUCUUAUCUACCAACUUAACAAACUUUACCCACCCAUGGUCCAAAUUUAACUUCCAAUUUUAUUAAUUUCAACUGAUGAGAUAUUUUGUCCUGGAGCUGGAAAUGAGUUUCUCUCCCCUAGAGUUAUGAUGAGGACAGGUUCCUGAAAACAAAAUUGGUUCAUUAGUGGUAAGAGUAGGGGGAGUCAUCUUUUGUGGAAAUGUAUUUAUGGCAUAACUUGAUAAAGAAUCCAAUGACUUUUAUGAAUAGUUGGCUUUUGAUCUCAAAACUGUAAUCUUUGCACAGGCAGAUAGCCUUCAAUCGUAUUUCUUUCCUGCCUUUUUCAAGCUAGAUCAUGGUAAUUUGAAUAGUGUUUUUGACAGCUUCCUAUUAAAAAUGAUUAUAUAUUUUAGAUGGAAUACAAAAAGAAAAUAGGCCUUAUUUUUUGAAGGAACAAUCAAAUGAGUAAAAAACAGAAUGUCAUGUUAAAUAUUUACUCAGCAUGCGUUAUGUUUCAUAGGUGUUGGACAUGAAGAUAAUGAAAGCAAAAUAAUCCGACUUAAACUAAUCAGAAAGUUACAAAACAUAGAUCCAUAAUCAAGAAAGACCAUAAUCUAAAAUUUGUUAUCUGUAUUAUUAAUAUGUUUAAUAGAUAUGAGCCAGGUAAAUUAUAGACUUAUUAAAUACCAAAAUAAUGUGUUCUUAACUUUUUAAUGCAUGCAUUUAGUCUUGAUAUAAAUAAAGCCAGGGUUUUAUCAUAUUUCUAGGGUUAAAUAAUUACUUCCUUUCACAUGUCUAUCAAAAGCUAGACCGUUCAAUAUUAUAAACAGUUGUAGAAGACAUGCAGUUUUCUUUCUUCAACUCAUCUUUCCUCUUCCACCAGUUACUGUGACCUAAUAAUCACCCUAUAGUUUAAGACUGUGACACUUUUUGAUGUCGGGGAUCCAAGCCUGAUCCCAAGGUAGAGCUUUCUAGCAACCACACAUCACCUACAGAACAGAUAAUUUCCUUGCGAUAAAGCAAGAUGAAUAAAUUUAAUCGUUCAAGCUGGUUGAGUAAGGAUAUUGAGCCAGACACCUAGAAACAAUCUCAGUGUUCCAAAUCCGUUUCUCUUUCUCUAAGUAUAGGCAAAGCUUCUACAUGAAAGACCAUAUUUUUCUGUGUGAUUGGUGACAUAUACCAAAACUACACUUGUUUUUAUUCAACACAUAAAUAACUAACUAACUGCUGGCUUAGAAAUGUGAGUUAAAUACCAUCCCCCAAAUGUUAUAGUUUUGACCUUGCUAAUAAGGACCUUACUCUUUUAUGACAGUUUAUUUAUAAUCAACAUUUAAUGUUAGAUUACAGCACUCUUAGGACUUAUUUUGAAUUUAUUUACUCCAUGCUAUUUCAUUUUUUAUUAAUGCAUGGAAUAUAUUGUGCCAAUAUGUUUUCUUGCCCAAGUGAUAAUAUUGCCACAUUCACUGGAACUUAGUUAUAUUUUUGCAUAUAUACAAACUUGUAAAACAGAAAGCAAUUAACAUAGAGCGUCAUAAUAUUUGUCUGCAAACUUGUAAUUAAAGUGUCAUAAGUGGCAGCACAGUUUUUGCAAUCAGCCAACAUUGCUUCAAAAUGUAAAUGUUGAAGUGCAAGCUCUACACAUCAUCCGUUAAAUCAUCAUAAAAUAUAGUACAUAUUUCCUCUUCCUAAAGACCAUAAACAGAAAUGUUUUCCUCAAAUACUUGAAACUACGUUUUGUUAACAAUGUGCAUUUGAACACUUUUAUUUACACAUAGCGUUUAUCACAGAGCCAGCCUUCAUACUCCUUUGAAGGUGAUGUUUCCACAAAAUGUAAAAUGGUAAUACAUUUCAUUUUAAAUAAAAUAAUAUGAUAAUAUCCAUACUGUAAAAAUAGGACAUAUUUCAAAAGGCAUGGUAAUCAUUAAUUAAAUUGGAAUAAACAGGGUGUUUUGGUUUUUUUUUUUUUUACUUUAGACAAAGAUUUUCCCAUUUUUGCUUUGUUGUAUUUCUACUGAUGAAAGUUGAAAAGAAAAUAAAAAUUGCCCAAAGUUAUCUUCCACCUACCAAUAGUUAUAGCAGUUAUAAAGGGAAAUGAAACACAUUUUUAAGGUCAUGCUUAAGCCAAAUCUAAAAAUAUGUUCACAAAAAUACAAGGGCAUACAAAAACAGAAAUUUUUCACUCUUCUGAUUUGACGUUAUUAUAUCCAUUUCUUCCCUCAUUCAUUGAAUAAUAUUGGAAGAAAUGAAUCUACUAUCAGCAGAAGUGUUUUAAUUAACCUAAAUUAUCCUGUGUUUGAAUUAUAACUGCAUCCUAAUUAUUAAAUGAAUAAAGGAAUAUGAUACAGUCGAUAUGGCUUUCUGUGGACAGAUCAGCAUGACUAGAGCAGCAGCUACUCACAGUCUCUGAAACUAUACAAGACCUUGAAUCUACAGAGUCUAACUAUAGCUCUUUUUGGGUGCUCUUUGAGGAAAAUCUGCGUAGUUCUGCAUAUAAUUGCACAAGGAAUGGUGUGAUCAAGUCAUGAAUCACUGCCGUGACUGAAUUUUUUUUCCAUGGAUUCUAUGUGAUAAUGCGAUGCUGAGUCAUGUAAUUAUCCUGAAGAUUUCGUUACUUGCUUCUAAUUCUCUGUCCCCAGCACAUUUUGCUAUAGCCUAUGUUCCAAGUUGUAGCAAAAGUUUACAUUGUAAUAUACUUUGAUAAAAUACUGAUGAUUUCUAACUGGGGAAAUGAUUUAUGAGCAAUAAAUUUCUAUAAAAAGCCAUAUCACGAAAGUAGAUAAAGUGCACAGCAUCAAUUACUAGACAUUUUCACAAAAUCACAUCACCUUUUCUGGGUCAAUGUGUAACUGCGAUAAGUUUAAAUGUUUACAGUAAACAUUUUGGAGUCUUCGAAUUCUUCAAGUUACAUGAUUCUGAAAUAAUGGCAGAUGUGAUGCUGCGAUUAGGGCACACAGUAGUGUUGAACAUAAAACUGCAGUUAGCCUUAUCUUGAAUCAGGAGUAGCAAUUAUGUAGGCUGUCAUUUCAUUUGAAGCACUUGUAUUUAUCAUUCUGAUCUAUUGGGGAAAAAAAAUCUGAAGUGUAAUAUAAAGAAGCUUUACAAAUAACUCUCUUUAAAAUACGGUUAAAUCGACAUGGUAGGUAUGGAAUUGUGUAAAGACAAAGGGAAAAUAAGGAGGAAAUAUUGCUUAUAAUUUAUAACUUCUAGACUCAUCAAAUGUAGGUAUAUAUAUUCUUUCUCAAAGUUAACAUAUCUCUAAUACUAAUAUAUAACAUGGGAAUUAGUACACUUAUUUACAAAUGUAGAAAUUCCAGACCUCAGUUUCAAUAUUCUGCCAAAAUUUGCCCCUUGGUAAGUGUUGGGCUGGCAUUUUGUGCUGCCAGCAUGACUCAGCAUGCUUUUUCUCUCCACAAUAUCGCCACUUAAUUGUGUUCUUCAUAGCCCCGAACUUCGUAAAUCUUUCCUUUAUUCUGAUCAGUUAUUUUGACGCUUGAAAGGGGUUACCUAAUGUUGUUUUGACAUUCUUUAUGUGUUUGAUCUUUGCAGAAUAUGAAGGGAUUUCAGGCAAUUUAGCUACCAUCUAAAAUGAAUCAGCUGCUGAAUAAUGAAAGCUUCAUUUUCUCAUGUAUUAUACCAGUGGCUUCACCUUUUAGUUUUUUUUCUCUAAGUUCAAAGACUAUUAUUUUGGAUCUUUUCCCUAAGAAGUUCUGAUUCCACAGAAUUAUGCCAUUGACCCUGACUCUGUCACUAUCAUACACUGGUGUUUCAUUUGUGAAUUUCAUCUAUUUAACAUUGACCCCUAAAGCCAAAAGUAGCAAUAGAUCUGCUCCAUGGAACCUCUAAAGAGUGCUUACAACUCUCUCUAAUAAAAGCAUUUCUAUACUUUUGUUAUUAGGCUAUGGAUAUGAUUUCCCUCUAUUUCAUAAUAUAAUUGUCAAUUAUCCUAACCAAUCAAAGGGAUUUUAGACCAGCUAAAUAAAACAAUGUGUGCCUCAAGUGGGUCAGGGUUCAUGGCAGCAAGACACAUGCUAUCUAAUCCUUAUCAAGGGCUUACUUUAUUCUAAACACUCUUCGAAGGGUUUUACGUGAAUAUAAAACAUCAUUUCCUCAAAACAUCUUUUUUUCCUUCAUAACGACCCAAUGUCUUGGACACAAUUAUUAUCCACAUUUUACAUAUGAGAAAACUGUGGUAUUGGAAACUGGCUGCCCAUGAUCUUAGGGCCAACAAGUGGUCAAGCGGAAUUAUAAGUCAGGCAGUCUGCCUCCACAAUCCAUAUUCUUCACCAUCUUUCAGCACCACCUAAAAACAUCGAUCCUGCAUUGUGUACAGGUAAUCUGUAGAGCUGAACAUCAUCGUUUUCUGGAAUUUGCCUUAGAAGGCUGUUGGGAGAUAUAACGUAGAAAACUAAACGUAUUUCUGUGUUAGCCAAGAUAGACUAGGCUGUAUGCUAUGGUAACAAAUAACCCCAGUAUCUCAAAAACAUCUGAGUUCUUUGUUAUGAACUCUGUCAGAGUUCACCCUGAGCCUGGGAGGAUCUUUAGAGCAGGAGUCUCACAAGUAGUCAUUCAAAAGUAAAGACUGUGUUGACUCUGGGAAUCCAGCAUUCUCAUUGAGGAUCAUCACAACAUAGAAAGGGGCAACUGGAGAAUCUUACUGGCGCUUUUACAUCAGUUAAGAUUUAUGCACCAAAGAUUGGUGCUUUGACGCCCUUGCAUGUGUCAUUGGCCAAAGCUAGUCACAUGGUCUUGUCUGUAGUCCCCUUGCCCAGAAAUGGAAGGAGAUGUGCAUAUGGGUGUGGGCCCAAGUCAUACCCAUCACAGUUUCAAAGGAGUAAUUUUUUAGUGUUUGAAUAAUUUGAAUAUUUUAUAGACUCUUGAAGACUUUCUUUUUAUAUUACCUAAUGUUCACUUAACCUCACCAUAAACUAGGAUGCCAUUUUAUUUUAAACACAGAUAGAAAUGAAUCUACUAUAACCCUGCUAAAAGCUUAGUGGGGGGAAUUAACAACAUUUAAUAUGAUGAGAAUUGAGUUUUAUUACAACUUUUAACAACCAUAUUUGAAUUCUGUCUGAGAAUAGUCACCAACAGGCAUUUUUAAUUUAAACACUUUAGAAUUGCAUACUAAAUUUUCAGUUGUCAAGUUUCUGAAUAAAUCUUUCAAUUAUAAUUAAGUUCCUAAAUGAAUUGUCCCCCAAAUAUUACAUAAACCUAAAUUGAAGAUACAUACUUAUCUCUCCAGAAUAGCCAAAUAAAUAUCAUGACUUACUACAGAAAUUUAGGACCGUGAUGAUGUAAAUUAUGAUAUAUGUAUAUAUAAUAUUAAUCUAGAGGACAAUGUAUUUGGAUAAAAAUAUCAACUCGAAACAAGAAAGCCCGUGUUUGAGUCUCAGUCCUUCUAGAUCUUAAGUGCUCCUGAUAGAAUUACUCAACCAGGUUUGAGAUUUGGUUUAAAACGUAGAUAAUGGUGCCACUCUUUCCACCUAAUGGGGAUGUUGAGUCAUUAAGUAUGUAUCCUGAGAUCACCUGGACUCCUCCAUUACAAUGUAAUAAACAAUAUCAACAGAAGGAUGCUACAAUUACAUAAACCCCAGAUGAACUUCUAAGGCAAUGGGACUACAAGCUUCAGUUCUUUCCUAGACAGCAAUGCUGAAAUGCAAAAUGGAUGAGGCAAAACGGAUAUGCAAUUUCAGAAUUCAACAAGUCUGCAGGCUUCAGAGUUACUGAAUAGACAGAGCCACUAAAUUAUUCUACUUCAUUCUUUGUAUAGGUCAGAAACGUCUCCCAAACUUUUAUAAUAUCUUCUAGAUUGGUGCUAACUAGACUAUGUAUGGUCUCAUAGGAAAUUACUAUUUACUCAAUGUUUUGCUUUAAAUUUUACUGUGUUAUUUGCAUGGGAUAAAAGCUCUUCUGCUAACACAGAGUGGGUUACACACAUAGUUAAGGUCAGUUGUAUCUUCUGUUUCCUUUAUUUACUCAAACUUCAAUUCUUUCUCAACUCAUGUCUUUCUUGUAGUAACAUUUAUAGAAAUGAUAUGUAUUACCCCUGCUUAAUUUUAUCUAAUCCUUCACAAGGUCGUGGUCCUGUACUCGUUCCUCAAAUUACAUGGUUUCACACAUUUUAUUUCUAAAUAUUUAUUUCUCUGGUAACAUUAAUUGUCUAUCUUCUAUUACCACCCAGUUUCCUAACAAUUUCACCUGUAUUCCUCCUUUGAAGGACACCACCUGCCAACAUGUUGUUAUGAGGUCCUAAUUACUUAAUGAAUGUGAAAAUACUAAGAGUAAAACCUUGAACAAAUACAAAUCAUUCUUAUUAAUUUGUGACACUUCUUACCAAAUUACUCGUGUUCUUUGUUAAUAUGGUGGAUUGUUUUUUAUUUGCCUUAGUUGAUGCUAAUGAUAUUGUUUUCAUCUUAUUUAUAAAGUAAUCAUUUUACUUAGAUAUUUUUGUAGUUUAUAUUAUCAGGUAAGCCUAAUAAUUCUCUUAGAACCUUACCAAUUCAUCUGUAGAAGUCUCAUUUUUGAUGGAUUACAUUUUGUGAAUUAGAAAGUCGGCAAAUGAGCAUGAUAGAAUUCUAAGAAAACUGAAACAAAAAGCAUGGUUUAUUAAACUGUUUUGACAAGUGUAGCCUAGUUUUAAUUACAAUAACUUGUAAUAGCACAUGAAUAAAUGUAUUUAGAGUAUAAUUCGUGAAAGUAAUUAAAGUCUAAUACACUAGUCAUCUUUACAUCUUCUAAAAAUAUUCAUACAAGAAUAAACCAUCUUUUGUUUUAAAAAAAUAUCUAGGUUUGUGGUUUAAAACUUAAUUUUUCAGUGAUAUUUUAAAAAUUCUGACCAAACAUAAAAGUUUGUGAUAUAUUUGAAUACAUAUUUCAGUGAAGUGCAUUUCAAAAGGACUGAGAACUGGAGUCCUAUGGUUACAGUGAUUUAUGGUUUCAUACAUUCACCAAUAUGAAUAUUGCCAAUAAAAGUCCGAAAAUAUCAUCUGGCACUAUUAUUUUCUACCCGUUCAAACCACCCUUUAUGACAAAAAUGGAGUAUUUGGAUUGAUUUAUUUUAUCUUUUUUAAAAACUUUAUAGUUGUAUCAAAUAAUGACUAUAUCUUAUGUGAUAUUGAAAAUACAGUACUGAAGUUCUGGGCCUUAUAAAACAGAUUUUUUUCUAAGUGGACUUAUCAGUUAUUAGAGAAUUAAUAUUAAAAUUAGCUCCUCCAUAUGACUUCUCAAUAAUUUUUCUGAUUACCUAAACUCCAAAUUUCAGCUAUAGUUAGCUUUUCAAUCUCUCAUUUUUUUAAAUCUAAGUAAUUUUAACUUUUUGCCAUGUCUUCCUUUGUAAAGUCAUUCCCAAUGACUGUCCUCAGAUGGGCUUUUAUAAUCUCCCUUCUGAAAGUUGCAUUUCCCACCUGCCUGCUCACUUGACCUCUUGCCUUAGUUUCUACUCCAUCCUGCCAAUACCCAAUGGAGAAACUUUCCUCUCGCCAUUUCAUCUCAAUCCAAAAAUUUUGAUGGUUUAGGACUAUCUGCUAUUUAAAAUUCUUACGUCUGGUCUUGGCAGUCCUAACAAAAACACUUCAAAGUCUAUCUUAAUAAUCUCCCAAUCUAGCGACCCCAAUACUGAGAAGGCUGCUCCAGCUGAGUAGUCUAAUUACUGUUCCCCUGACAUGCCUUGCUGCACCUUUUCCUGGAUUUAUGGCCCAGCCUGAAAUAACUUCAUUUUGUAAGCCUUGCUUUGUAGAUUUUCACCAUUUA